GAGUUUUGGUCCUUGGAUCUCUACAAGUUAGACCCCCAGUACCGGUACAAGGCCGACCGGUGCAUUCUAGCCCUCAAUGGUGACACACUAGAGCUCCAGACCGGUGACUCCUCUGCCAAGGAGUACCGGUCCCUAAACUUGGUUAUCAUUCCCCUUUCUACCUAUUUUUCCAUCCUUGGAUCGGCAAUUGCCCCCAUAACCCCAUCCAUAGGAUCAGUCAUCUCGGGCUUCUGGGCUUACACAGCAUCGCUGAUGCAAUUCGCCUUGGAAUACAACUGGGCCGCAGUGCAUGCCUACCACGCCGACUUCUUUAUAGCUCAGCGACGAGAGAUGCAGACGGGCAACUACAGCAAAUGGGGCUGCAUAGAUCUGGACAUCCAAACCUGCCACUUGUUCAGCCACAACAAAGCAGCGUGCCCCAACGCCCCCGCACCCAGUGGCACAAAGACAAGAAAGGCAGGUGGUGCCGGCUAUUGCAUUAAGUACAAUACUAGACACUGCACAACAAGCCCUUGCCCCUGGGGUCACCUGCACACAUGCUCCACAUGCGGCCAAGGGCACCCGGUAACCAAGCACAAGUAG